AUGGAUGCGGCCGGCGACAGGAGUCUGCAUUCAACGAAUGUAGCAGUGAUACGAGAAGUCUAUGACAGCGAAUAUUCGCAGCAUAAUUUUUCUAUGGAGCUGGAGAAAGCUUUAGAUAGGAAAUGUUGUGUUAUCGUUAUCGAACCUAGUCAGUUGGGAGAUGAGACGGCAAGAUGGAUAAGUUUCGGGAAUUGUUUGCAUAAAACUGCAGUUAUAUCAGGAUUCACAUCAAUUGUAUCAGGGUUUAUAUGGAAUAAUAGCUUGACGCCACAAGCACAUUUCAGUAUAUUUUCGUUAUUAUGUACCGGGUUGUAUACUGCAUCAUGGCAGUUUGACCAUUGUGUUAAAUAUCAGGUUGAACGGGACCCCCGUAAGUUGGUGAGAUUGCCAAUCCUGGGGGCCAUAACCUCCCAAAGUCCAGUAGUUUUAGUCCGAAAAGACGACACCUAUCGCAAAGUUUUGCACUGUACCAUUUCCCUGUCGGCAGCUGCUUUCUGCGUGUACAAAUUUUACAGAGAAGUCAACUAAACCUAACUCGCUACGAAAAAUUAGUUACAGCAAUAAUGUGUUGUUAGAGGUUAAUACCCGAAUGUGACGAUUCUAGUUUGAUAGUGUUUCUGAAAGUAUUAGCCGAUUUAAAAGUAUUAGAUCUUUGAUUUGAAACUAGGAUCUGUUAUUUUAGCUGUAAAUAUGAAUCGAUAUAUAUUUUGUUACGAGUACCAACACCUAGUUUUAAAUGAAUCGCUCGUGUAUAUUAUGCAUUUAUUUAAAAUACCUAAGAUUUUUUUGCUUUAGCGAUGUUUCGUCCCGUUUUACCCUUAUUUAUUUAUUGAGUUGUUUGUUAUAUAAAUUAUUUGCAUUUAAUUUUGUUUCCCCUAUUUUUUGUGUUGUUUUUAUUCAAAAAAAGACAUGUAUGAAUUGUUAAUAAACAAAUUUGUAGGCAAGCAUUUUAUUUUGUUUUAUUUUGUUGGCAGUAUACGUAUACUACACUAAGUAUAAAAAAUUCCGAACUGGCUGGAUGUUUUGGUGGUCUAAAAGUUUUUUAUCUUAGAGGUUUAAAAUAUAAAAAAACUAAUAUUUU